GAUUUUUUAAAUAAUGUUUCUAACCUGUGCAUGGUUUCACCUGGUGUCUUAUGGUUAAAUAUUCACUACUGAGACUUAAAAAAGGUUCAAGGGAACACCUUAAAACUUGGGUGUAAAGGAAAGGAGGGGUAUAUGCAUGAGUAGGUGGUGUUCUGCGUUAUUUGAAUGCAAAUGCAGAGAGAACAAGCCGAGACUGUGUUUGAGAGGGAAACGGAGAGAAGGAGGUGGAGAGUUGUCUUUGGAUUUUAGUUAGACACUGAAUAGACAGAGAUUUAGUUUGCCAAGUGCUUAGUUCACUUUUGAGACAUUGCUUGCUCAUGUAUGCACUUGGCAUUUGGCCUUGUAACUUUCUAUACAAGUGAAACAUGGAUUUUGGAUUGUUUCUCAGAACUGAUGCAAUGAGAUAUACUGUAAUUUAGCCUUAAAUAGAGAGAUUUUCAAUACGAUUCAAUCCAUGAACCAAUUAGACAUAGACUUUCCCAUGCAUCAUGUCACGCCGGAAACAGAAAAGACCUCAGCACUUUUUCAGCCCCAUCCUCAACACUUCGUGGCUACUUCAACAUGAGGAACACCCGGCAGUGAAGCCCCUCACCUCUACUCUUGAACAGAACUCUUCCUCAUACUCGACACGUCAAAGCUGCAAAUCUACCUUAAACCCAACUCCACCAAUUGAGAGACUAAAAACAUCUUCCCCGACCAGAGCCAGCCAUAGUGUUGUUCACAUCCCCUGUCAGCCCCUACAAUUAACUCUAAAUCUGAAGGGGUCUAACCUUUCCCAUAUUCCUGACAUCCCAUCCCAUUUGACUAAUCAGUGCAUCAAGACCACUGCAUCAAGUGUGUCUACUCAUAAACACAGUUGCUUACUCAUGGCUUCUCCAAAGUUAGGUGUGUCAGCAACCACAACUUCCUCUUCAUCAUCCUCUGUUGCUGCUUCUCUCUGUGUGCCUCCACAUCCUGGAAGCCCCAGUUCUGGGCCUCAGGGUCCCCCAAGUCCUGUUACACCCUCUUCCAGCCCAAGCACAGUCCCUUCAGCUCCGGCAUGUGCACCAGUCAGUAUUGCUUUUAUCCUGGAAGAGCUACGUGUGCUGCAACAAAGACAAAUCCAUCAGAUGCAGAUGACUGAAGAAAUAUGUAGACAAGUGUUAAGACUGGGAGGAGGACCAUGUGAAGUGGAUUCAAAGCCAUGCAUACUACCAUCACUGCCUCAGUUCUGUUUAAAAGGCUCUGAUAACAACCCUAGACCCUCCCGACCAAAGUCAUCAUCUCCCCCCUCCUCAGUUGCUCCUCUUUUGGCCUGCUUCUCAUCCCUGUUACCUCCUCAGUCUUCCAAACAUUCCAACCCCCUCUUAAAUGUCUUACGACCCCAUAAAGCACAGUAUGACAGUGUGGUAACAACUCCAACAAACUUCACCAGUCAUACAAGUGCUUCCACAUCCUCAGCAAUGUCCACACCUGUUGCCUCAAACUACCCACUCACACUUUCCCUGGGCCUACCAACCCAAAAAUCAUCUAACACCACGGGAGCCAGUGGACACAGUGGUCUGCCCUUUCAAAACCAAUCUCUACCAGUAGCUGCUGUACCUUCAGGUCCUUCACAGGAUCUAAAACUCUCUGCUCAAGCUGGUUCCUCCGUCUUAUCAUCAGGACGUAUGCAGCAUGCAUGCCGAUUUUGUAGGAAACUCUUCAGCAGUGACUCAUCCCUGCAAAUACAUUUGCGCUCACACACAGGAGAACGUCCUUACCAGUGUCCUGUAUGUUUCAGUCGAUUCACCACACGAGGAAACCUUAAGGUCCACUUCCUGCGCCAUCGUGAGCAAAACCCUGAACUUUCCUUUUCAUUAUUUCCAUGUUCAUUGUUUGCAUCUGUAACUGGAGGAUCAAUGGGAGGAUCAGCACAAACUCAAACGGUCACCUCUACCAAUACAAACACUACUCAAAGGCAUCAGAAACAGCAAGAUGAUGACCUGUGUGUUGACAGUCUGGAGGGUGCUACUGCAUCAACACGUGCUACAGCUUCAUCUCUGCCUCCCAGUAUUGAUUUGGCCCUGUUGACCACUGCACACUCUCUCCUCCAGCUCAAUCGUGCUGCUGCUGCGGCGGCUGCUGCUGCAGCCUCUACAUCCACUACCUCUUCAAUCACAUCCUCAUCAUCUUCCUCUCUAGCCUCCACUCUUCUUUCCUCUCCUGCCUCAUCAACCUCCUCCAUUGCUGGUGUGUAUAAAGGAGUAAAACAGCAGCGCUUUGAUGAAAACACCCCACCUAUACCCACUCUGCUCCCCCACACUGCUUAUUCACAGCUUGCUAACUUACCUAAAAUCUUCUUCCCAGCUUCUUCCUCUCACCAUCACCUAGGUCAUGGGUUUCUCAGGCCAACAAGUCCAGCUGGAUCCUUCCUGCCAUCUCCACAACACCACAUUACAUUUCCAUUCACCUCGUCAUCCACUGCCCCAUCCAUCUCAACUCCAACAUCGGACACAUCAAAGCUGCAGAGACUAGUGGAAAAGUUAGAGAAAGAACCACAUGGUCAGACAAACUGGGAAUCAUCCAUCGGGGAGACAUCUACCAGCGGCAAUAGUGUAUCUGGAACAUUAACGUAUAGCAGCAGUGGCUUAAUGAGCACAAGUACAUAUAGUACGAAUGUUGUCACCUCACUCCCAUCGUCUACAGUCCAAAUACCCUCAUCCCUCUUCAGCAAGGAGUCACCUUACAUGGGACUUAUGAACUCUGCUGGGACACUUGCCCCUAACCAGUGUAGCGUGUGUCUGCGUGUACUAAGCUGCCCAAGAGCAUUACGUUUGCAUCAGGCUACUCAUUUAGGUGAGCGACCCUUCCCCUGCAAACUAUGUGGUCGUUCUUUCUCAACUAAAGGAAGCCUUCGAGCACACCUUGCCACUCAUCGAGCACGUCCACCAAACAGUCGUGCCCAGAAUUCUUGUCCUUUAUGCCAGCGGAAGUUUACCAAUGCCCUUGUGUUACAACAUCAUAUCCGAAUGCAUUUAGGAGGACAGCUACCACCAGAGCACAUGCCCGAUACUUCAACAGAAUGUGAUUCACAGUCUCACUCCCAGUCCAUUGAGCCCUCUGGCUCAGAGAAUACUCCUAGCACUGUGGAUGUUCAGUUGCUACAUGCUGAUCGACAAACCAUCUCAGAUUCCAGCCAUACUGAAUCACUCGCUGUCAGUAUUGCACCCACAGUUUGUCCUGUAACCUCUAGUCUACCUGCUUCACGUAGCUCAGGUCCUAUACCAACUUUCGAUCUAAGCCCUGGCCCCUCUCUGAAUUUAACACCCCAGUCACCUCCAACAUUUAUAGCUGAUCCUCCUGAGCUCUCUCUCAACAUACCUUCCCCAGUAGAAUCUGCAGCUUCCCUCUUCCCCCCAACCUCUCAAUCAGCAUCAACAUCUGGUACUACUGCCAAUGAUGAAGUAUGUUUUGAACUGUCCAGCAACACUGCCUACUUGGGAGACAUUUCAAGCACAUCUGCUCUGAUGAAUACCAGUCCACAAGAAAAUGACUGUGAAGUCAGUGAAAAUAGAUCUCUCUCAGCUGUCCCUUGCUCUGGAUCAAGAUCAAAUUUGGAGGAUCUUCUUAGCAUACAAGCUCAUAAUGCAUCCAGAGCCUCUCGGACACAUCCCGUUUCACCGCCAUCUUCUCCCUUAGUGCUGGGAUCUGAGAGUGUGUCUUCUCAAAAUGUACGUCUAGAGGAGCCUGACCAAAGUCUUGUCCAAACAUCCACAUCACUUCCACAAGAGUUUCCCAAUGAACAAAAAACUGAAGAUAAAGGUCGCAAAACACCAAAGAAUGGUCAAAAGAUACCGCCAGAGUUGAGUACUGAUCAAGAAAUGCUAUCAGACACUGUAACCAAAACAAGUGAGGAUGCAGUUGAGUCUGAGGAGGCGGACACACGUGUGCAGAAGAUUACAAAGGAUACUCACUAUAGCUCGGAUGCAAUGGAUAAAGCAGACCUCAAUGAUGCAACUGCAACUGAAAUGGACAGAACAGAACCUACUGUAUGCAUUUCCCUUACUCCCAGUCUUCCACCUCCCAUGCCAGAGAAAAAAAUCUACCACUGUUCUGAAUGUGGAAAAGAGUAUGCAAGUCGCAGUGGACUCAAAGGACAUAUGAAGCACCAUGGAGGAGUUGUCAAGACACCUCGAGCUCCUGCUAGGACCAAGGGACCAGAGAAAGUCAUGCAUAAUGACCGACCACAAUCUCACAACCUUGCAACCUACUUGCCACCAGGGCAUGAGUGAGUUUCUUGAUUCAACCUAUGUGAAAACUUCAAGCAUCAGAAAGCUCACCAGACGACCCCGUUAAAUUUUUAGAUCAAUCUAAUAGGUGACAAAAGGGAAGAACCUGAAGGAUAUUAUGAACCACGAUUUUAAUUGCUCCCCAAAAACAGAAGAAAAAGAAAAACACACUCACGGUAAACACAUAAAAUCACUUCUUGGUUUAAAAAAAUCAGAUCUUUAACACAGAUCUUUUAUAUUAAAAUACAAGUAUUGUGUAUUUUAAUAUAUGUAAUGAUGCCUAAAUAUAUCUUAUAGUACUUCCUUAAGUAUUAGGUGAUGUUCUUUUGAUGAAUGUAAAUUGUUUUGUCUGGAUGAGGUUGCCAUGAUUGUUUUGUAGACUUUUCUAAAGGUGAAGAACUGAAUAGAGCUAACGAUUUGAUAAUAGUUUUGAGUGAGGAACAGAGCAAAAUUUAAGAAGCCAAUGAUGAAAUGAUGGAUCAGUUCACAAAGAUGUAUUGUUCGGGUGUGCUAUUUUUUUACAACAGCACAAAAUGUGAAGAUUGUAAUCAAAUCUUUAAGCGAUGGUAAAGCGAGGGUGUGUGUUUAAAAACUAGGGAUGUCCUGAUAAGGUUUUUUUGCCCCCGAGUCUGAGUCAUUUGAUUUUAAGGAUCUACCGAUACCAAAUCCUGAUCCGUUACUUCUGUAAUACAUAAAAAAGAUGAGUGGAAAAACAGAUCCAGUAUGCUCCUUAUUUUUUAUGUAAUUCAUCUUAUUUUAACAUUCAACAACUCUUGUUAAAAAACAGAGAACUUCUGUGAGGUAGCUUGAACAAUCAAGUAAUAAAGAACAUAAAUUCUUCACUUUUGGACUUUAGUGCAACAGUAAACAUAAUAAAAAUCUAAUAUAAAAAUAAAUAGCACCUCAACCUAAAAUACCCAGCAGGCAAUCCCAAGUUUACAUAUCUCACAGUUUGCUAUGGUAAUGUUGUCUACAUCAACUUUAUAAUGCCUCUAGUCCGCAGACAUACUCGCGCAUUCCGCAUUUACUUUGCGGGCAUUCAACCAAUAGCGUCUCUGCAACAAAAGUGACGUCAUGCCGCACAUGUUGCUGUUUCUGUGUGAAAGAAGUCUAACUCUGUGCCACCGCAUAACUAUAGAUGUGUUAAAAUAAUAAUCAGAAUCGGAAGGCUACGUCUGAAUCCGUGUGAUCGGGCCAGAUUUACGAUCAUGUUUUCGGAUCUGGACAUCCCUAUUAAAAACACACUAAUAUACCAAAAACAGAUUCUGAAAAAGUAUUUAUUUGGUCAAACAAUGUGUUAAACUAUGUCAAUACCCUGCUGCAUUAUGUUUUGGAGGGCAUCCAUGCACAGUCCUAUCAACCUUUGUCAAACAGUUCUUAUAAAUUUUCUUAAUGAGGUCAAAUGUUCAGCAAAAUACCCUACCAUAUACCAGAUACUAGACAGUACAGCUGGAAUAUGCGUGUAGAAUUGUUUUCCAAGAGCAAACCAAGUGUUCCUGACAAGCUGAUAUUUAAAACUCUUGUUAAAAUUGACAUUAGAUAAAUAUUCUUGUACUAAUGCAUUCUUUACUUGUACUAAAUCUCUUUCUUUUAACACUUGGGAAGCACCGAAACACCAAACUGUAAAUAUGACCUGUCAACUUGUGUCCAUUGUGUCCAUGUUUGUCCAGCUGUACAGUACUAGAUAAUAUACUGCUCUUAACACCAACUAGAGUCGGGUAAGAUUGUUUAACAAGCCUGUAUGUUAGUCAGUGUAAGUUCUUGUUACUUUAAUAUUGUCAGUGUAGCUAUUGAAAAAGACUGAUUCUGAGAUGAACCACUAUCUAGCUAAAAGAAAAAUAACACUUUCUAUAUUUCUUGGUGGAAAUGUUUGUUUCUAUGGUGGUGUUUGUUCUUUGUCUGGAUACUUUUACAUGUAUCUAUCUUCCAUGGAAAUGAAUAAUUGGGUGUACGAGUCUGACUGUGAGUUGUAAUUUCAUGGUACAGCUAAAAGGAAAUAAAAAUCAGUGUAUUCACGGCAA